AUGGAGGCAGAAUGUUUCGUCGACACAGUUCGACACAGGACAAGUAUUUUGACUAUAGGCAAUAAAUGUAGUUUAGAACACGAACAAACUUGGGUGGUAGAUUCUAGAGGCGUAGUUUUCGCCGGAACAGGUGGACUAUACGCCGAAGAUCUCACUGCCCAGCACCGGUGGUUUGUUGGUCCAGUCUAUCUAGAAACCUCAGCCAACUGGCCUAGGCAUCCGUCCCUUCCUCCUAUUGACCCCGACGAUCCUGAAAUUCGUUCAGCCUCUUGGAUUGGCUUGGUGCGUCGCGAAGAAGAAGUUUUUCGCACCUUAGCCUACGUACGACGGUGGAUAGGAAACACGCAAAGUAACCAGGAUAAUCGUUUAACCGGUGAACUUGUGGCCAACGAGAUCCAGCAGGUUAGAGAGUUCUUGUUUCGACGAGCACAAGGAAAUGCGUAUCAGCAAGAAAUUGUAGACCUGCGAGAAGGCAAUCGACUCUCACCAGCAUCGUCGCUGCUAAAGCUGUCACCGUACCUCGACCACCGUGGCCUUCUGUGUAUCGGUGGUCGCAUCGAAAAGGCACCACUUCCGACCGGAACGCGUCACCCAAAAGAGCGCCUGACGGAACUCAUUUUGCUCGAUCUUCAUCGUGACCGAGCACAUCUGUCAGCCGAGCAGAUCCAUCAUGAAGCUUGGAAACAAUUUUGGAUCGCAAAAGGACGGAUAACUGCUCAACGUAUCUGGAAUCUCUGUUACACCUGUCGGAAAUAUAAAGCAAAGGGUUCGACACCUAAAAUGGCUGACUUGCCCACCGCACUAUUAAGCCCAGGCCUACCCGCCUUCACACACACAGGAGUCGACUAUUGGGGCCCGAUGGAGGUGACUAUUUUUCGGAGGACAGUGAAACGCUAG